AUGACUGAAGAUUCUGAAACUUAUAAGCUUUGGAGGAUCAAGAAAACGAUCCUCAAAAUGUGCAGGGAUAGGGGUUAUCUGGUUAUGCAGAAAGAAUUAGAUCAAACUCUUGAUGAAUUCAAAGAGAGCGUCGGUGAUCCGCCCAGCCGCAAAGAUUUAUUAAUGGUCGUAAAUCAUGAAGAAGAUCCCGCUGAUAUGCUCUAUGUCUUCUUCCCAGAAGAGGAAAAAGUCAAUAUGAAAACGAUUCGGGCGUACGUAGAUCAAAUGCAACAAGAUCACACAUACAAAGCCAUUCUUGUUUUGCAGGAUCGUGGAUUAACGCCGGCAGCGAAGACAGCCAUCGCCGAAUUAUCGUAUAAAUAUACCCUUGAGUGUUUUUUCGAAAACGAAUUAAUGGUUAACAUUACGGAGCAUGAAUUGGUACCACAGCACAUCGUUCUUACUCAAGAAGAAAAGAAGGAAUUGCUUGAUAGAUAUCGUCUUAAGGAAAGUCAGUUACCGAAAAUGCAAGUUAGUGAUCCUGUUUCUCGGUAUUACGGACUUCGUCGGGGGCAAGUUGUUCGAAUAAAUCGACCUUCUGAAACUGCGGGACGUUAUAUAACCUACCGAAUUGUCGUUACCCGCGUGCCUUGCCUUGUUUCGUUGUUGGUAUCCAAACGUAAAAUAGGCAUUGUCGGUCUUGCAGAGGACUGUUGCAGCCGUGGAAAACGGGGCCUGAAGCCUACUAAGAAGCGAUUUACAUCAGUCAGCCAGUCAAGCGCUGUUAUUAGCUAG